GCCUCGCCAUGUCGCUGCACGGGAAGCGGAAGGAGAUCUACAAGUACGAGGCGCCCUGGACCGUGUAUGCCAUGAACUGGAGCGUCCGGCCCGACAAGCGCUUCCGCCUGGCGCUGGGCAGCUUCGUGGAGGAGUACAACAACAAGGUCCAGCUUGUUGGUUUGGAUGAGGAAAGCUCAGAGUUUAUUUGUAGGAACACCUUUGACCACCCGUAUCCUACCACCAAGCUCAUGUGGAUCCCAGAUACCAAGGGAGUAUAUCCAGACCUGCUAGCAACCAGUGGCGACUACCUACGUGUAUGGCGAGUGGGUGAAACAGAAACCCGGCUGGAGUGUUUGCUAAAUAACAACAAGAACUCUGAUUUCUGUGCCCCGCUAACGUCUUUUGAUUGGAAUGAGGUGGACCCGUACCUACUAGGUACCUCUAGUAUCGACACCACCUGUACUAUCUGGGGUCUGGAAACAGGGCAGGUCUUGGGAAGAGUAAAUCUAGUGUCUGGCCAUGUCAAGACCCAACUUAUUGCACAUGACAAAGAGGUGUAUGACAUUGCAUUUAGCCGUGCAGGUGGGGGGAGAGAUAUGUUUGCUUCAGUUGGUGCUGAUGGUUCCGUGCGGAUGUUUGACCUCCGUCAUCUGGAACAUAGCACCAUUAUCUAUGAGGACCCGCAGCACCAUCCAUUGUUACGCCUUUGCUGGAACAAGCAGGAUCCUAAUUACCUUGCUACAAUGGCCAUGGAUGGCAUGGAGGUGGUGAUUCUUGAUGUCAGAGUUCCCUGCACUCCUGUUGCCAGGCUAAACAACCACAGAGCAUGUGUGAAUGGAAUUGCUUGGGCACCUCACUCUUCCUGCCAUAUCUGUACGGCAGCUGAUGACCAUCAGGCUCUCAUCUGGGAUAUUCAGCAAAUGCCUCGAGCCAUUGAGGAUCCUAUCCUGGCCUAUACAGCAGAAGGAGAAAUCAACAAUGUACAGUGGGCAUCAACUCAGCCGGACUGGAUAGCUAUCUGCUACAACAACUGUCUGGAGAUCUUGAGAGUGUAACAUUAUUGGGCCAUGCCAAAGCAAGGCACGGCUGUAUAAUUUUCCCCCUUCUAACGUAAGAACAAACGAGAUUCAGUGGCCAGUAUCUUUUUGUUGCUUUGCAUCUACUGUUCCAAGAAACUGUUACAAGAAUUGAUGGCAGGUGUCUGCGGUCCCAAAAAGACUAAAAAAAAAAAAAAAAAAAAA